AUGCAGAAAAAUCGAAGGAUACUCUUUGAGUACGCCGACUCAAAAGGAAUUGGUACAAUUUCUUUGGAAGCCAUCGAGCCGGAGGUUACAAAAAACGUCUUCGGCUUGUCAAGGUGCAAAGAAGCCGAGGACCAGCUCAUGGAAAAGGAGCCGUAUGACAAAGAAAGAAAAACCAUCAUGCGAAGAGCAAUCGAGCAAUGUGGAGCUACUCACCGCCCUCCUGAAGAGCAACGCCAGCAUCGCCAGGAAAUUGUCGAUAUGCUGGAGGAGAGAUUCGACUCUCCCAUUCGUGCCUGGGCCAAUUUGCUUGACAUACAUGCAAAAGGAAAGUUGAAGAGGAAAGAAUUCCAGACUUCGAUGGCUGUUCUAGGCUACACCGGCAACACCAAUAAACUUUGGGAAGAGCUGGGUCUGAAAAAGAAGCAGUCAGUGAGGUUCAAAGACUUGUGCCCGGAAGUAAUAGAGGAAAUCCGAGAAUUCAAGAACCUCGCUGGGAAGAAGAUAAUUACCUUGAUCCAGGUAUCUGAAGUCGCAGCUGGCCCGGGCAAAAGCAAGAAAGCUGGUGCACCCGUUGACAACGAAGAGUUCUACAAAGUGAUGGACGCCAUCGAGUAUCCUGGAGAUCCUGAACGUUUGCUGAGACAUUUGGAUCCAGGAAAUACGGGAUAUGCAAACACGCGGACGUUGCGAAUCCUGAACGAGCAACGCAGCGAAGAAAAGGCGGUUCCACAAUUUCUGAAAAAAUAUGCGGAAAAUCGCCAAGCUCUUUUAGAACAGAAGAUUGCCUCCGUUGUCAUCCCACCGGCCAAAGAAUUGUUGGCAAAACAAGAUAGUCUUCGGGAGAGUUGCUUGGAGGAACAGCAGACGAAGAAAGAGACUCGAAAUGCGAAGGAAGAGUUUCUACGCAAACUUACAAACAAAUUUGGUAGUAUUGCAAAAGCCUGGCGUUUGGCAUUGGAUCCUGAGCUCAAGUAUGCUAUCGAGAAUGUCGACCAUUUGAUGAAAGGCAUGAAAAGAGCUGGACAGAUGCCAGCCGAAGGAGGCGAACAUGCACUACGAACUGUUGCAGAAAAGAUUUUUCAAGCAUGCAUGUCAAAAGAAACUGAGCAGAUCAGCCUGGACUGCCUUGAUCCAAGAACUCCGGCAAUGUUGGAAAAGUUCAAGGAUCUGUGCGAAGAACGCUUCGGGAGUCUCCAAGAUGCCUUCGAAAAAGUGGAUGUGGAUGGUGUGGGCAUCGUUUCAAGAGAGGAUUUUCGUAUGCUUUGCCACGAAGUGAAAGCUACAGACGGAAUCUUUCGCCUGAUGGAGUUCUUGGAUCCAAAGCGCACCGACGAGAUCAGGCUGUCUCUCAUUGACGGCGAGGUUGCCGAAGAUGCUAUGCUUGCUACACAGACACGCCGUCAAAUGCAACAGAAUGCGCAGGAACAGGGCGAUACAAUUCCAGGCGGCUUACAGCAUGCUGCUCAGGAGCGUGCAAAGAGACCAGCUCGUCGUGCGCUUGAGCAAGUGAAGCAGCGAUUGGUUCGGAAAUAUGGCAGCGUUCUCCGUGCCUGGAAGACAAUCCAGGGAAAUGUUACUCAAGACAUUGGACGUGAUGGGUGGCUUCGCUUCUUUGAACAUGUCGGGAUGGACAACAGAGAAGCUGCUUUAGCGUGGGAGUUGGUCCCGAAAGUUGACGACAAGCUUGCAUUGGCAAGGUUUGAACAUCGCAUCGGCGAGGAUUUUGAGGCUUUUUUGAGGAGGAUAAAAGAGAGAUAUGGCAGCAACCUGGCAAUGAUGUUGGAGAUGGAUGAUGGAAGCCUCUCGAUGGAUUUUGAGCGGUUUCUUGAGCUCUGCUACGAGUGCCAGUUUCGCGGAAAUGAGCGACGACUCUUUGAAUACCUGGAGCAGGAUGAAGGUUUUUUGACUUUGAAAGAAUUGAUGAAAAGGUGGCCAAAGACCUUAGAGAACAAAAGGAGAAGGAGGAAGCAAAGAAAAAAGAAGAAGAGCGGAGAAAGAUGCAGAAGAAACGCGAAGAACGCAAGGCAAAGCAAUCAAAGAAGAAGGCUCCAGCAGAAGCUGACCCUUGGGAAGAGCCGGAAACACAGGCUUCGCUGCAGGAAGAGGAGCUUCCAAAGCCCAAGGAGGCAGUUCGACCCAAACCGCCGGCAGGCCUUGGGCAUCUUUGCUUGGCAAUGA